AUGGCAGUCACGCUGGCGUCCGACCUCGCACGACCGACUGUUCUCGUCCACACCUACUACUCCACCGCCACUGCUGCCUUCCUUGAUUACGGUGCGUCUUUCCCCAACCGCUGCGGCUGGUGUCUGCUCUCCUGGCUCCUCGGCCCGCCCUGGCUCCUCAGCCCGGUUUGGCAGCUACCGAAAGGUCACACUCUGGCUCGGCUGAUGGACGGCUCAGACUCCUGUUCUGGUCGAGUGGAGCUCCAGUACCUCAGUGAGUGGGGUACAGUUUGUGAUGUAAGCUGGGAUAUGAGAGCUGCCAGUGUCCUCUGUGCUCAGCUGAAGUGUGGGAGUGCUGUGGCUGUGUUGGGGUCAGACUGGUUUGGGGAGGGGAGUGGUCGGAUCUGGGCUGAUGUGUUUGAUUGUCGGGGGAACGAAACACACCUGUCAAAAUGUCCCAUUUCAUCAUGGAGUCGAACUGCAUGCUCUCAUAAACAGGAUGUUGGAGUUAUCUGCAGUGGUUCUUCUCUGGCGUUUCAUGAGGGAGGAGUGCGGUUGUCUGGAGGGAUGGAGUGUGAGGGGGAGGUGGAGGUGUUCUUCAGGCAGGACUGGAGGAGAGUUCUGCUGGACUCCUGGAGUGAGUCUGAGGCCUCUGUGGUCUGCAGACAGCUGGGCUGUGGUUCUGUACUCAACAUCUCCAGCUCCUCUUCAUCCAGUCCUGAACACAGCUACAUGUGUGUGACUGGUUUCAACUGCUCUGGGAGUGAAGCUCAUCUGAGGAACUGCAGCAGCUCAAAAGCAGUUAACUGCAGCUCCACAGAACAGCUCUACAUCACCUGCUCUGGCCACAGCUCCAUCAGGCUGGUUGGUUCUGGGGGAGACUGUGCAGGAAGGCUGGAGGUUUUCCACAGUGGAUCAUGGGGGACAGUGAGUGAUGAAUUGUGGGAUAUUGAGGAUGCGCAGGUGGUCUGCAGAGAGCUGCAGUGUGGAGUGGCCCUCAGUGAUCUGGUACCAGUACCAGCCCGGUUUGGAUCUGGAACUGGACCCAUAUGGCUGAAUGAGGUGGAGUGUGAGGGGAACGAGGCGUCUCUGUGGAACUGCAGUUAUCAGCUGUGUGGAGAGGAUGAAUGUGGACACAAGGAUGAUGUAGGAGUCGUCUGCUCAGAGUAUAAAGAGAUCAGACUGACUGAGGGCUGUGAGGGGAAUCUGGAGGUGUUCUAUAAUGGAACCUGGGGGAAUGUGUGUGGAAAUGGGUUGGAUGUAGAGACAGCGAGUCUGAUCUGUCGAGAGCUGAACUGUGGAAGAACUGGGAGUGAAAGAGCUACCAAAGCAAGAGUGAAAUCAGCUCCUAACUGGCUGGAUAAUGUGAAAUGUAGGAAACAUGACUCCACUCUGUUUCACUGUCCUUCUUCCUCCUGGAGUCAGAACAAAUGUGAUAACAACAAUGAGGUGACUCACAUUACCUGCUCAGGAGAGAUGAAACAGCUUGCACUGGAAAACCUUCAGAAAUUCUCCUUAUUUCCAAACCAGCGCCAGUGCUCAAAGCACCUGCCUCUUAGGCUGAGAGGAGGAGGGGGAAGCUGUUCUGGAAUGCUGGAGGUGUAUCAUAAUGCUGAGUGGGGGUCUGUAUGUGGUGAUCUGUGGGAUAUAAAAAAUGCUCAGGUGGUCUGCAGGCAGCUGGGUUGUGGGCCGGCGCUGAGUGCUAAUAGAAGUGCUGCUGAUGGUUCUGGUGGAGGAACUAUCUGGAUGAACAGAGUGAAGUGUAGAGGGAAUGAGAUUCACCUGUGGGACUGUCCUCAUUCCCUGAAGAUCCACACUGACUGCUCCCACAGUGCUGGAGUCACCUGUGGAGACAUAUUUGUGACUUUAACCUUGACAUCUGAAACAACUACAACUUACACCACAGUACCAGUACAGCUAACAGAGAGGCAGACAAUCCCUCCUUCAAAAAAUCCUUCAUCAAAUUUUCCAUACAUCUAUCCAGUGUCUCUCCUGGUUCUGGGAUCUGUGCUCUUCCUGGCCUUAGUGCUUCUGGUUGUGCUGUUUUAUCAGAACAGAGUGCUCAGGAGAGUGAUCUCUAAGAGGAGUAGGAAGACUCUGCCUGAGGCAGUCUAUGAAGAGAUUGACCAUAAACGUGUUCAUAAAAAAUAUAAUAAAAAGGAAAGGAUGCUCUCUGAAGAUCAGCAUUCAGGAUAUGAGGAUGUGGAUGAGGAGCUUCUUUCAGAAAAUGAUGUGAAGAUCUAUGAUGAUAUUAUAUCUGCUGGAGAGAACCCAGACAUUACAAAAGCGUUCCCUUCAGAAAACUAUGAUGAUGUCCUCACUUCUGGGCUGGGGUUAUGUGUAGCAGAGGGUGAAGACUAUGAUGAUGUGGUGGAGGUGCUAGAUGUGUCUGAUAAAGAUGAAGUGAGGUUGGUGGAUGGUGGGAGUCGCUGUGCUGGGAGAGUGGAGAUUUUUUAUAGAGGACAGUGGGGAACAGUGUGUGAUGCUUACUGGGAUAUGAAAGUUGCUUCAGUGGUGUGUAGACAGCUGGGCUGUGGAGAGGCUGUAGAUGUAGUGGGUUCUACUCAUUUUGGACCAGGUUCAGGACAUAUCUGGCAGUAUCACAGAAUUUGUAAUGGAUCAGAGGCUACUAGAGAAAAAUGUGGAACACGAGAUGUGUUCAAUGUUGAUCAGUCCUGUGAUCAUACUAGAGAUGUCGGAAUGAUCUGUUCAGGUGUCCGGCUGGUUAAUGGUUCUCGUUGUUCUGGGAGAGUGGAGGUUCUUCAUGGAGAGAGCUGGGUCACAGUGUGUGAUGCUGACUUUAACCAGCAGGAUGCAGAGGUUGUGUGUCGAGAGCUGGGCUGUGGUUCUCCUGUGGAGGUUCUGGAAGCAGCUGCUUUUGGUAGAGGGGAGGGUCAGGUGUGGUCAGAGGAGCUUCAGUGUAGAGGAAACGAAUCUCAGAUUCACUUCUGUCCAACAUCAUCUUCACUCAAACACAACUGCUCCCAUGAUAAUGAUGUGGGACUGGUGUGUGCAGGCAGUGUGAGGUUGGUGGAUGGUGGCAGUCGCUGUGCUGGGAGAGUGGAGGUUCUUCAUAGAGGACAGUGGGGAACAGUGUGUGGUGAUGACUGGGAUAUGAGUGAUGCUGCAGUGGUGUGUAGAGAGCUGGGCUGUGGAGAAGCUGUAGAUGCACUGAGUAAAUCUCAUUUUGGAUCAGGAUCAGGACCAAUCUGGAUGGAUGAUGUGGACUGUAGUGGAUCAGAGUCUACACUGAAGAACUGUAGAUCACCAGUAUGGGGUAAACAUGACUGCAACGAAACCCACAAUUCUGGAGUCAUCUGUUCAGGCAAGCUACACUAUGUUCAUUUAUAUGUACACUGUCAUGGAGAGAGCUGGGUCACAGUGUGUGAUGCUGACUUUAACCAGCAGGAUGCAGAGGUUGUGUGUCGAGAGCUGGGCUGUGGUUCUCCUGUGGAGGUUCUGGGAGCAGCUGCUUUUGGGAGAGGGGAGGGUCAGGUGUGGCCAGAGGAGUUUCAGUGUAGAGGAAACGAAUCUCAGAUUCACUUCUGUCCAAAAUCAUCUUCACUCAAACACAACUGCUCUCAUGAUAAUGAUGUGGGACUGGUGUGUGCAGGCAGUGUGAGGUUGAUGAAUGGUGGGAGUCGCUGUGCCGGGAGAGUGGAGGUUCUUCAUAGAGGACAGUGGGGAACAGUGUGUGGUAAUAACUGGUAUAUGAGAGAUGCUGCAGUGGUGUGUAGAGAGCUGGGCUGUGGAGAGGCUGUACAUGCAGUGAGUGAAUCUCACUUUGGAUCAGGAUCAGGACCAAUCUGGAUGGAUGAUGUGGACUGUAGUGGAUCAGAAUCUACACUGAAGAACUGUCAAAUGAGAGGAUGGGGUAAACAUAACUGUAAUCACUCGACAGAUGCUGGAGUUAUCUGUUCAGGAGUCCUGCUGGUUAAUGGCUCUCGCUGCUCUGGAAGAGUGGAGGUUCUUCAUGGAGAGAGCUGGUUCACAGUGUGUGAUGCUGCCUUUAACCAGCGGAAUGCAGAGGUUGUGUGUCGAGAGCUGGGCUGUGGUUCUCCUGUGGAGGUUCUGGGAGCAGCUGCUUUUGGUAGAGGGGAGGGUCAGGUGUGGUCAGAGGAGCUUCAGUGUAGAGGAAACGAAUCUCAGAUUCACUUCUGUCCAAAAUCAUCUUCACUCAAACACAACUGCUCCCAUGAUAAUGAUGUGGGACUGGUGUGUUCUGGCAGUGCGAGGUUGGUGGAUGGUGGGAGUCGCUGUGCUGGGAGAGUAGAGGUUCUUCAUAGAGGACAGUGGGGAACAGUGUGUGGUAAUAACUGGGAUAUGAGAGAUGCUGCAGUGGUGUGUAGAGAGCUGGGCUGUGGGGAGGCUGUAGAUACAUUUCAUGAAUCUUACUUUGGAUCAGGAUCAGGACCAAUCUGGAUGGAUAAUGUGCACUGCAGUGGCUCUGAGUCUACGCUGAUAAACUGUGAAUCAGCAGGAUGGGGUAAACAUAACUGUGAUCAUUCUAAAGAUGCUGGAGUUAUCUGUUCAGGAGUCCGGGUGGUUGGUGGUUCUCACUGUUCUGGGAGAGUGGAGGUUCUUCAUGAAGAGAGCUGGGUCACAGUGUGUGAUGCUCACUUUAACCAGCAGGGUGCAGAGGUUGUGUGUCGAGAGCUGGGCUGUGGUUCUCCUGUGGAGGUUCUGGGAGCAGCUGCUUUUGGUAGAGGGGAGGGUCAGGUGUGGUCAGAGGAGCUUCAGUGUAGAGGAAACGAAUCUCAGAUUCACUUCUGUCCAAAAUCAUCUUCACUCAAACACAACUGCUCCCAUGAUAAUGAUGUGGGGCUGGUGUGUGCAGACAGUGUGCGGUUAGCGGAUGGUGGCAGUCGCUGUGCUGGAAGAGUAGAGGUUUUUCACAGAGGACAGUGGGGAACAAUUUGUGGUGCUGGUGCAAAUUUCAUAGCGGGUUUUGUCAUGUGUAAAGAGUUGGGCUGUGGAGAGCCGUUUAGGACUGAUGCAGCUGUUCCAGGAUCUGCUCCGAUCUGGAUGAGUCAUGUGAAGUGCAGUGGAUCAGAGUCUACACUGAAACACUGUGGAUCAUUAGGAUGGGGUGAACACAGCUGUAAUCAUAAUAUGGAUAUUGAGCUUACCUGUUCAGAUCACAGGACAUCCAGACUUGCUGAUGGUCCUCAUGUUUGCUCUGGGAGAGUGGAGGUUCUGCAUAGAGGGUCCUGGUUCACAGUGUGUGAUGCUGACUUUGACCAGCAGGAUGCAGAAGUGGUGUGUCGAGAGCUGGGCUGUGGUUCUCCUGUGGAGGUUCUGGGAGCAGUUGCUUUUGGUAAAGGGGAGGGUCAGGUGUGGUCAGAGGAGCUUCAGUGUAGAGGAGAUGAAUCUGAGAUUACUCUCUGUCCGAUAACAUCUUCACACAAACACAACUGCUCCCAUGAUAAUGAUGUGGGACUUGUAUGUUCUGGUCACACUCAGGCUCGGCUGAUGAACGGCUCAGACUCCUGUUCUGGUCGAGUGGAGCUCCAGUACCUCAGUGAGUGGGGUACAGUGUGUGAUGUAAGCUGGGAUAUGAGAGCUGCCAGUGUCCUCUGUGCUCAGCUGAAGUGUGGGAGUGCUGUGGCUGUGUUGGGGUCAGACUGGUUUGGGGAGGGGAGUGGCCGGAUCUGGGCUGAUGUGUUUGAUUGUCAGGGAAACGAAACACACCUGUCAAAAUGUCCCAUUUCAUCAUGGAGUCGAACUGCAUGCUCUCAUAAACAGGAUGCUGGAGUUAUCUGUAGUGGUUCUUCUCUGGCGUCUCAUGAGGGUGGAGUGCGGUUGUCUGGAGGGAUGGAGUGUGAGGGGGAGGUGGAGGUGUUCUUCAGGCAGGACUGGAGGAGAGUUCUGCUGGACUCCUGGAGUGAGUCUGAGUCCUCUGUGGUCUGCAGACAGCUGGGCUGUGGUUCUGUACUCAACAUCUCCAGUUCCUCUUCAUCCAGUCCUGAACACAGCUACAUGUGUGUGACGGGUUUCAACUGCUCUGGGAGUGAAGCUCAUCUGAGGAACUGCAGCAGCUCACAAGCAGUUAAAUGCAGCUCCACAGAACAGCUCUACAUCACCUGCUCUGGGUACAGCUCCAUCAGGCUGGUUGGUUCUGGAGGAAACUGUGCAGGAAGGCUGGAGGUUUUCCACAGUGGAUCAUGGGGGACAGUGAGUGAUGAAUUGUGGGAUAUUGAGGAUGCGCAGGUGGUCUGCAGACAGCUGCAGUGUGGAGUGGCCCUCAGUGAUCCAGUACCAGUACCAGCCCGGUUUGGAUCUGGAACUGGACCCAUAUGGCUGAAUGAGGUGGAGUGUGAGGGGAACGAGGCGUCUCUGUGGAACUGCAGAUAUCAGCUGUGUGGAGAGGAUGAAUGUGGACACAAGGAUGAUGUAGGAGUCGUGUGCUCAGAGUAUAAAGAGAUCAGACUGACUGAGGGCUGUGAGGGGAAUCUGGAGGUGUUCUAUAAUGGAACCUGGGGGAAUGUGUGUAACAAUGGGAUGGAUGUAGAAACAAUGGGUCUCAUCUGUCGAGAGCUGAACUGUGGAAGAUUUAAGACUGAGAGAGCUACCAAAGCACGAGUGGAAUCAGCUCCUAACUGGCUGGAUGAUGUGAAAUGUAGGAAACAUGACUCAACUCUGUUUCACUGUCCAUCUUCCUCCUGGAGUCAGAACAACUGUGAUAGAAGCAGUGAGGUGACUCACAUUACCUGCUCCGGAGAGAAGAAACAGCAUGCAUUGGAAAGCCUUCAAAAGUUCUUCUUAUUUCCAAACCAGGGUCAGUGCUCAAAUUACAUGCCUAUUAGGUUGAGAGGAGGAGAGGAAAUCUGUUCUGGGAGGCUGGAGGUGUAUCAUCAUGCUGAGUGGGGGUCUGUAUGUGCCGAUCUGUGGGACAUCAGGGAUGCUCAGGUGGUCUGCAGGCAGCUGGGUUGUGGGCCGGCGCUGAGUGCUAAUAGAAGUGCUGCUGAUGGUUCUGGUGGAGGAACUAUCUGGAUGAACAGAGUGAAGUGUAGAGGGAAGGAGAUUCACCUGUGGGACUGUCCUCAUUCCCUGAAGAACCACACUGACUGCUCCCACAUCGCUGGAGUCACCUGUGCAGACAUAUUUGUCACUUUACCUUUUUCAUCUGAAACAACUACAACUUACACCACAGUUCCAGUACAGCUAACAGAGAAAAAGACAGUCCCUCCUUCAAAAAAUCCAUCAUCUAAUUUUCCAUACAUCUAUCCAGUGUCUCUCCUGGUUCUGGGAUCUGUGCUCUUCCUGGCCUUAGUGCUUCUGGUUGUGCUGUUUUAUCAGAACAGAGUGCUCAGGAGAGUGAUUUCUAAGGCGAGGAGGAAGACUCUGCUUGAGGCAGUCUAUGAAGAGAUUAAUCAUAAAUGUGUCACUAACAGAUAUACUAAAAGAGGAAGUUUCAUCUCUGAAGAUCAGCAUUCAGGGCAUGAGGAUGUAGAUGAGGAGCUUCUCUCAGAAAACUAUGGCGAGGUCUAUGAUGAUAUCAUACCUGCUGAAGAGAGCCCACACAUUACAACAGACUAUGAUGAUGUGGUGGAGGACGUACAGAUGUCUGAAGAAGACGAAUACAAUAUCAGACUUGUAAAUGGAAGCAGUCGCUGUGCUGGGAGAGUGGAGGUUCUUCAUAGAGGACAGUGGGGAACAGUGUGUGAUGAUAACUGGGAUAUGAGUGAUGCUGCAGUGGUGUGUAGAGAGCUGGGCUGUGGAGAAGCUGUUAAAAUGCUGAGAAAAGGUCAUUUUGGAUCAGGAUCAGGACCAAUCUGGAUGGAUAACGUGCAUUGUAGUGGAACAGAGUCGUCACUGAAAUUUUGUAGAUCAAGAGGAUGGGAUAAACAUAACUGCAAACACACUAGGGAUGCUGGAGUCAUCUGUUCCGAGUAUAAAGAGAUCAGACUGACUGAGGGCUGUGAGGGGAAUCUGGAGGUGUUCUAUAAUGGAACCUGGGGGAAUGUGUGUGUAAAUGGGAUGACUGAUGAAACGGCAAAAUUGAUCUGUCGAGAGCUGAAUUGUGGAAGAACUGGCAGUGAGUCUUGGUCUAAAGCAAGAGUAGAAUCUGCUCCUAACUGGCUGGAUGAUGUGAAAUGUAGGAAACAUGACUCCACUCUGUGGCACUGUCCAUCUUCUUCCUGGGGGGAGAACAGGUGUGAUAAUCGCAAUGAGGUUGCUUGCAUUACCUGCUCAGAGAAUGGAAAUACUCUAGAUUUGACAAAUUGGCUGUGUGAUUCAUCUCCUCAUGAGAGACAGUGCUCAAAGCACAUUCCUCUGAGGCUGAGGGGAGGAGUAGGAAGCUGUUCUGGAUGGCUGCAGGUGUAUCAUAAUAAAACAUGGGGGUCUGUAUGUGGUGAUCUCUGGGACAUCAGGGAUGCUCAGGUCGUCUGCAGGCAGCUGGGUUGUGGGCCGGCGCUGAGUGCUAAUAGAAGUGCUGCUGAAGGUUCUGGUGGAGAAACUAUCUGGAUGAACAGAGUGAAGUGUAGAGGGAAUGAGAUUCACCUGUGGGACUGUCCUCAUUCCCUGAAGAUCCACACUGACUGCUCCCACAGUGCUGGAGUCACCUGUGAAGGUUUCCUGUAUCAUACUUUGCCUUUAAAUAAUAAAAGAGGACAGAUGGGACAUUUUGUCUUGCAAGAUUCUCAACCACAGACAAGAAGAAUCAUACUUCCACAAACUCCUCCACCAGCUGUUCCCUCCAUCUAUCCAGUGUCUCUCCUGGUUCUGGGAUCUGUGCUCUUCCUGGCCUUAGUGCUUCUGGUUGUGCUGUUUUAUCAGAACAGAGUGCUCAGGAGAGUGAUCUCUAAGAGGAGGAAGACUUCAGCUGAGCCUGUCUAUGAGGAGAUUGACACCAGGCUCAUCCCUAAAAUAAUUACUGUCUCAACUAAAAGGAGUGAAGCAGAUAAUGAGGAAAUGCAGUUGAGUUAUGAUGUCAUUUUUGCUGGACAUACACCUGACAGUGCAGCAGAGGAAGAACCAGAUAAUUACGAUGAUGUUAUUGUGGAACAAAACUCAAACAUUGUGAUAGAAAACAUGUUGGAGAUCUACGAUGAUGUCAUGCAGGUUACUGCUGGACACAUCACAGCAGAUUAUGAUGAUGUGGAGAGUACUUAAAAAGAGUGAAGCAGAUGGAAGUGGAGACAAAACCAAUGUGAUUUUUCAGGAAGUCACAUUUGUGCAAAGUUAAUUAUAAAAUACUAUUCUAUCAUAUUUUUUUAAUUUCUUAUUUUUUCUUGCUUCAUUUUGUACUUACUUUUAACAUUAUAUUUAGUGUCUUUUUUCCAUGUUUUUUUUUUAUAUGGAUCUGAUACACAGUUUAGAAGACCUUCUGUCUAAACUCAAUUUGCAAGACUUUGCGAUUUGUACUCUAUAAUUAAAAUGAAGAGAAACUAAUAUUUUACUUCCACUGAUACUUUUCUUUUACUGACCUCAGCAUUUCAGCAAGAAAUUUAUCCAAAGGUAGCCAUUACAAGAUCUCGUUCAUUUUUGUCAAUUAUACACAGAAUAACUAUGGGUAUUAUUGCAGCAAUAACCGCAAUAAUGUGCAUUUUUAAUUUAUUUACAUCAGUUACGAGGUGUGUCAGAGACACUGUCUUUUAUCUCAUAGAACUAAAACAUUUUGUCUUGCUCAUUUCUGCCACUGUUUCCUUAAACUCCUGCAAAGGAAAGGUGUGGUUAAUAGUAUAUGUAGUACACCAUGUUAGUCCUGCUGAUAAACAUCUAUUAGUCAGUUAAACCUGAAAUGUUCGCUUUCAGCGUAGAAAACCACAGAGCAGCAGGUGUUCAUGUGGCAUCGGUGGAUCUGAGAGGGGCCCCGACACUUACCUAACAGCAAGAUAAGGCUGUGUAGAAAAUCCUGAACACUCCUUCUUGCUAACAUCACGUUUGUUUUAUCUAGAUUACAAAAUAAUGUAGUAAAUAUAAAAGUGAAGCUAAAUAGUAGUAAAAUAUCCUAAUAAUCCUCCAGAGGAAAAAGCUUUCUUCUGCAUAUCAAAUGGAAAACAUAUAGCCACAGAAGCCACGGUUAAAGAUAUUCCUCAUCUCUCCAUGUGUGAAAUCAUUUAAAAUUCUAUUUUAUACUAUGGGCUGGGAACUAAUGCAGAUUUCUUUAGAGUGUGUUGCAUCAAGUGCUGCUUACAUAUUAUGGGCAUUUGUGAGCUCCCUUCAUUAAGAAAUUUAAAGAAACUAGUCCCCAUAUUACAGCUUUGCAGUAAUCUUUUUGAUUUUCCUCAACCAGGGUUAAUAUGUACAAAGUUUUUUUAUUGAUAUAUUUCUAUUUCAUUUGCUUUUUAAGGUGAAAUUUCUAGGAGUUUUAGAAAAGAUCCCCUCUCCCCACUCUCCAUGGUGCUGAAUUGGGAAUUUCUGCUUUAUUUCAGUUUUUUACAACUGCUAAGAAGCUUUUACCAGUCCUUUUAACUCUAAAUAUAGCAACACACCUACCUAAUACAAUUAACCAAAAUAGCAUUGCCUCACAGAAAGGGUUAAAAAAAAAUUUACUGUCCAUUUAUUGCUUUUGUAGUGCAGCGCUUUGUACUUGGCAUCAUAAUAUGAAAAGGUCAGUGGGUCUAUCUUUCUAUCUAUUAGUUCUUCUUUAGGAUAUUUAUAAAUAGGGGAACAAAACAUGCAAAUUGUUUUUAGGUAUCUUUUUUAUCAUUUUUUAACAAAUAUUAUUCAUUUUUGCUGGGUUUCUGCUAUCUGAAU